AUGACCAGGCAACAAGACACUGAAGUGAACCUGGAUAUGAUGUAUCUCAACUGUGGUGGCCAUGAUCCAUUGCUUGUCUUGGAUGGUUAUGAGGAUGAUGGUAUUCGACUCAAAUGUUUCUCUGAGAGGUUGUUUGCUGAAGUCCAGGUGUUGUGGACAGAUGGUAGAGGAGACAAUGUCACUGGGACUCCUCUCACCACUGGCACCAACACUGUUGAUGCCAGCAGCUCCAUCAUUCUAAAACCAGGAUCUGGAAACUCUGUGUCCUGCAAAAUAAUUGAUAAACUACUGAAAACAUCAACAGAAUCUUCAGUUGUCAUUGCAGAUGUCUUCUUUCCUGCCACCUCCCCUUGGCUGACAGCUUUUGUCGUGAUCCUGAUCUUGAGCAUAUUCCUGGUUAUCUCUGCAAUUUAUAAACUCAGAAAGAACAAGAAGACAAUUACUCGUGAAAAAAAGGAGGAGGAGAGCUUUCAGAACGAAAAUAAGGAUAUGAUGGUCAAAAUUGAAAAAAUCCAGAAUGAACUGGAGUUCAGGAGAGCUCAUAGCAAAGCAGUUAAUAUCACUCUGGAUGAGAACUGCAAACAUCCCAGACUCACCAUUAAGGAGAAAAACAGAGUCAUGUCCACCACCCAGGAAGAGAUCCUGAGUAAAGUGGUGGUGGUAGCUACUGAAGGAUUUUCAGAAAAGAAACAUUACUGGGAGGUGGAGGUGGGGGACAAGUCAGAGUGGGAGCUGGGUGUAGUGUGUGAGGGAAAUAGGAAUGCACUGAGAAGCAGCAUGAUGAAUACCUUCCUAAAGGAGAAUUUAUUCAGUCUACAUUUUUCUAAAGGAAAAUACAGCUUAACUGGUGGGAAGGCUGUAAAAUAUUACAAACCCUGCAGUGUGGUAGGUGUUUUCCUGGAUCAGGAACUUGACAUGCUUUCAUUUUUUGAUGUUGAAGAAAAGUGCCUUCUCGAGUCUCUACCUCUACCACAAAAAAGUGUGUUUUCUGGGAAUCUGUACCCAUUCUUCAGUCCAGGCUCUGAUGGCAAAUGGUAGGGUGUACGCCCUGUUUUCUGUAAUGGGCGAAUCAAAUCAGAAAUAAGUGAUGGGAGGUAUAAGGGUCGAACAGAACUGUCCUCCAUUGAACUAAAUCGUGGGAACUUGUCUCUAGUGCUGAAAAAUGUCACGUACACUGCCAAAGGAGAAUACAUCUGCAGCCUGAACUCUGAAAGCUGGCAUGAUGAAACUGUGGUGGAACUGGAUGUGACAGGCCAAUUCCACAUCCUUCCUCCAAACAACCCAAUCAUCAGCCUCAUUGGGGAAGAUGUCAUUCUGCCUUGCCAGUUGUCACUCUCUGGUUUUCCCAGGAGCAUCACAGUUCAGUGGGUCGCCCUACAGCCUUUCAAGUCACUGAAGGAGAUCUCCUAUAAUGAAGCAGUCAAAGAUAGCUGGCUAGAGGAAUGA